AUGGACGUGCUGACUAAAGGAGUUGCUGGAAUUGGAAAAACAGUCUCUGUGCAGAAGUUCAUUCUGGACUGGGCUGAAGGAAAAGCAAAUCACAAUGUUCAUUUCAUAUUUCCACUUCCUUUCAGGGAGCUGAAUCUGAUACAGAAAAAUCUCAAUCUUAAGCAACUUCUAAACCACCUUCACACAGAAACCAAAGAAAUUAAAUCUGCAGAUUAUGACGAAUACAAAGUCAUGUUCAUAUUUGAUGGUCUGGAUGAGUGUCGACUACGUCUAGAUUUCCAAAACAAUCGGCGCUUGUCUGAUGUAACAGAAUCAGCCUCAGUGGAUGUGCUGCUGACCAACCUCAUCAAGGGGAAUCUACUUCCUUCUGCUCUCCUCUGGAUCACCUCUCGACCAGCAGCAGCCAAUCAGAUCCCUCCUGAGUGUGUCCACCAGGUCACAGAGGUACGAGGAUUCAACGACCCUCAGAAGGAUGAAUAUUUCAGAAAGAGAAUAAAUGAUCAGAGUCUGGCUGAUAGAAUUGUCACACACAUCCGAUCAUCGAGAAGUCUGUACAUCAUGUGUCACAUCCCAGUCUUCUGCUGGAUUUCAGCCACUGUUUUGGAGAGGAUGAUGGGUAAAGCAGUGAGUGCAGAGAUUCCCAAGACUCUCACACAAAUGUUCACACACUUCCUGAUCUUUCAGACCAAACUGAAGACUCAAAAGUAUGACAGGAAAUAUGAAAUCGAUCCUCGUCAGGCUAGAAAGACUAUUCUGUCUCUAGGAAAACUGGCUUUUGAACAGCUGGAAAAAGGGAACCUGAUCUUCUAUGAGGAGGACCUGAUAGAGUGCGGCAUUGAUGUCAGAGAAGUGUCAGUGUACUCAGGAGUUUGUACCCAGAUCUUCAGAGAGGAGUUUGGACUGCAGCUGGGGAAGGUGUUCAGCUUUGUUCAUCUGAGUGUUCAGGAGUUUAUUGCUGCUUUAUUCAAACUGCUGUCCUUUUCUGAACAAAACACAGGACAGUGGAAUGAGUUCAGUUCACCAAUGACCAGUUUACUGAAGGGAGAAGUGGACAAGGCCUUACAGAGUGAGAAUGGACACUGGGACCUUUUCCUCCGUUUCCUUCUAGGUCUCUCACUAGAGUCUAAUCAGACUCUAUUACAAGGUCUCCUGAGAAAGACAGUAAGCAGCUUUGAUAUCAAUCAGGAAACAGCUGAAUACAUCAAACAGAAGAUCUGGGAGAAUCGCUCUCCAGAGAAAUCCAUCAACCUGUUCCACUGUCUGAAUGAACUAAAUGAUUGUUCACUAGAGCAGGAAGUCCAAACAUACGUGAGCAGAACAGGUGCCCGUCGUCUCUCUGGCGUCAAACUGUCUGCUGCUCAGUGGUCGGCUCUGGUGUUUGUGCUGUUGAACUCAGAAGAAGAACUGGAUGAGUUUAAACUGAGUAAAUAUCAUCCAUCAGAAAAAUGUCUCCUGAGGCUGCUGCCAGUGGUCAAAGCAUCUAGAAAGGCUGAUCUGUCCAGCUGUGGUAUUACACAGGAAGGCUGUGCUGCUCUGAUUUCAGCUCUGAGAUCAAACCCCUCACACCUGACAGAACUGAAUCUGAGCGAUAAUAAAUCAGGAGAUUCAGGCGUGAAGCUUCUCUCUGUUCUACUGGAGGAUCCACACUGCAAACUGCAGAAACUACAGCUGAGUAACUGCAGUAUUAGAGAGAAAGGCUGUGCUGCUCUGAUUUCAGCUCUGAGAUCAAACCCCUCACACCUGACAGAACUGAAUCUGAGCUAUAAUAAACCAGGAGAUUCAGGAGUGAAGCUGCUCUCUGCUCUACUGGAGGAUCCACACUGCAAACUGCAGAAACUACAGCUGAGUAACUGCAGUAUUGAAGAGGAAGGCUGUGCUGCUCUGAGUUCAGCUCUGAGAUCAAACCCCUCACACCUGACAGAACUGAAUCUGAGCUGUAAUGAACCAGGAGACUCAGGAGUGAAGCUGCUCUCUGCUCUACUGGAGGAUCCACUCUGUAAACUGGAGAAACUACAGCUGUGGAGCUGCAGUAUUGAAGAGGAAGGCUGUGCUGCUCUGAUUUCAGCUCUGAGAUCAAACCCCUCACAUUAA